CAAAGGUAGUUUAACCAGAAACAGGUUCAAGAUUGGAGCCCAAUACUAGGCCUACAAUUUUCAAAAAUUCAAAACCCACCUCUACCCGAUAAGUGAAGUAGUAGUUCGAAUUCAAAAACAAAAUAGAGAAGAUGAGUUCGGUAUCAGUGGCGUCACUGUUAUUCGCCGGCGGCUACCGUAGCCUCGCCGUCCCUUUAGCGGCACGCGCACUUCGCAUUUCACUUAACAAACACCUCACACUACACGCCUCUGGUUGGUGUUGUCGGAGUUCACACAACAGCACCGUCGCACUCUCCGGCGAAACUGUAUCCUCCACAACCGACGCCGGAAACUUAACCGCUACUUCCUCUUCGAAUAGCUACCCUAAGUAUGACCGAUUGCUUCCAUGUCCAAAACACAAAUCUCCACCAAGAAUUGAACACUUAGUUGUUUCAGAAGGAGGACCUGUAUUAGAAUACAUUUGCAAAGCUUUAGAUCUUCCUCAUUUGUUUGUUGCAGAUCUGAUUCAUUUCGGAGCUGUGCAUUUCGCUCUUGUUUGUCCGAAGCCUCCUCCUACUGCUACUGCUGAGCAAAUUAGGGUUUUCAAACAAGUGACGGAUCCGUUGGUUCUGCGAAAAAGAGCUUCUAUCAAAGGAAAAACUAUAAGAGAAGCGCAGAAAACUUUCCGUGUAACUGAUGGGGAUCAAUUUGUUGAACCAGGAACUUAUUUGCGAGUGCACGUGCACCCCAAGCGUUUUCACAGGUGCUAUGAGAUUGACUGGAGAUCAAGGAUUAUAGCUGUGAAGGAAUCGUAUGUAGUUUUGGAUAAACCUGCUGGCACUUCAGUAGGUGGCACUACCGACAACAUUGAAGAAAGUUGUGCAACCUUUGCAACUCGUGCCUUGGGAUUGACAACACCGUUGAUGACUACCCAUCAGAUUGACAACUGCACGGAAGGCUGUGUAGUAUUGGCUAGGAAUAAGGAGUAUUGCUCUAUCUUUCAUGGCAAAAUACGGGAGAAAAAAGUGAAAAAGCUCUAUCUUGCUCUUGCAGCUUCUCCUUUACCUACCGGAAUCAUUAACCACUAUAUGCGUCCUAUUAACAUGGCUCCUCGACUUAUUUCUGAAGAUUUUAUCAAGGGAUGGCUUCUUUGUCAACUCGAGGUCAUGGAAUGCAGAAAGGUUCCUUGGCCAACUAGUGUUGUUCAAGAUGAAUAUUGUGUUGAAGACUGUGGGUGGCCAUCUCAAGAUUACGCAUACGAGUGUAAAAUCAACCUUCUUACUGGUCGAACUCAUCAGAUUCGAGCUCAAUUUGCUGCUUGUAAGGCACCUUUAAUUGGCGAUUCUAUGUAUAUGCCUGCUGCAAUUGCAGAGAUGAUUAAUCCUGGACUUAAUCCAUUUGGAAAGUACAAGAAAGAUUUCACCAGUGAGAAUGAAAAAGAAGCUGAUGUUACAAAUUGGAUUGCUCAGCACGGAAAAGAGCCAAGUGCUACAAUUGGCCUUCAAGCUUGUCAAAUUUCAUGGGAUGAUGAUGAACACUUAUACAAAGCUGGUUUGCCUUGGUGGAGGUGUUAAAAUGCUAAAAAUAUGCUCGAGUCAAGGACUUGGCACGACACUGAAGUUAUGUUUUAGUUUUGCCUCAGUUUUGUGUGAAUAUUCAAUAGGAGGAAGAAUUGUAAUGUAUCAUUAUAUGUUGGUUUCACAUUUUGCAGUAAGAGUGCAAAAUCUCCCUAAAAUGGUGCAUGGCUGCAUUCUGUCACAUACCGGUGAGCGUUGAGCAUCCUUUUUUGUUGUAAUUAACUUUAAAUAGGUAAGUCACACUAUAGUUUAUUCAGCACUCAAGACCUCUUUCUGAAAAUGUAUAUUAUACUUGGAUAGUGAAGAAUUGAGAAUUUUGUCACAAUACAUUCCACAGGUACACACUUAACAUUUUUCUCUAUUAUGAAAUUUGUUAUUAAUAGUCUGUAAUAUAUCAUCUAUAAUUGAUUUAGGUUUAUAAGAUUGUUGAAUAAAUCCUUCCAUUUGCAUAGCUUUGAGAAAUCUGAAAAAUUCUCCAGGAUUUCUUGUAGAAGAUUUAUGCAACUAAAUAUGAAAUUUGUUAUUAAUAGUCUGUAAUAUUUCUUCUAUAAUUGAUUUAGGUUUAUAAGAUUGUUGAAUAAAUCCUUCCAUUUGCAUAAAAGCUUUGGGAAAUCUGAAAAAUUCUCCAGGAUUUCUUGUAGAAGAUUUAUGCAACUAAAUCUGAAGUGUUUAUAUAUGAAUGUAUUUAAAUUCCCUUGUCCAUCCAUGGUAGCUGGCGCAGUAGGUCCACGCAUCCCUGAUUGAAUUAGCUGCAACACAUCAGGGCACUUGUCGCUCCUUCAUUCCUAAUUUGGGCAAUGAACCUGCCUUUAUGUAACACAGCCCCAACGAGUGUUGGAUUGGAAUUAAAGAACUUUAGGCCAUGGAGAAUACCUCCCCUAAUGAAUAUUUUAAUCCAGGGUCGAGAUGUACCCUUGGCGCCUAUGACAUCGAAUAUAAGGUCUGUCUUUUUAUGCUCACUCCUAAAUAU